AUGAGUAGUAGGGGCAUGCUAACUAUAACAUAUGCACUAGAUGAACAAAUUCAAGAUUGGAAGGGGAAAAGUGGCGAAAUUGAUCAAGAAAUGAUUUUAGAUUGUUCUCCUACUAGUUCAAGCUCUUCUACUAGUCCAAAUUCUCCAACUAAUCCUACUAGUCUACUACCAUAUAAAAAACAUCCAUCAUAUGUUGCUUCAUCCACUGAUAAAAAUAAGAAGCCAAAUUCUGUACAAUUUAUUGAUGAUAACAAUACAACAAAUACAGCAAAUUCACCAAUAGCUAGUAGAAGUCCAUCACGAACUAAUACUCCUUUAUCAUAUGUUGCUUCAUUAACUGACAAAAAUAAGAAGCCAAAUUCUAUACAAUUUAUUGAUGAUAACAAUACAAUGAAUACAACAAAUUCACCAAUAGUUAGUAGAAGUUCAUCACAACUUGAUACUCCUUUGUCAUAUAUUAGCUCAUUAACUAAUAAAAAUAAGAGACCAAAUAUUAUGCAAUUUAAUGAUGUUGAUUCAAGUCAAAGUCCAUCAUCACCUGUUGAUAUAAAUGGUGAUUCUGAAAUUGAUAGUCAAUUUAGUGAAACAUAUAGUAGUAGUACUGCCAAUGAUAAGAAAAAACCUAAACUUGAUCCUAACAGUAAAAUAAUUGUUUGUGGACAACCUGGUAUGAUAAAUGUAGUUGAGAAAUUGUUAAAAAAUCUAGGUUUUACUGAGGAUGAUUUUAUAUUGAUAGCAUAG